AUGACUAGUUGCCAAACUGCUUCGAUGCCUAUUGAAGAAGAGGGCCAUGAAUAUUGCAUUGAUAUUCUUCACGAAUCUCAUCAGGACAACACUCUUCCUAUGGUUAGCACCACACCACAUAUGCCUCCAGUGAUUACAACUCAAGACCGUCCAGUGGUUCUUUAUAUGGCACCAAUUCACAAACAAGAGAGUGUCUGCGCUUGCGGAAAGAAGCCAGAGAAACCCGAGGAAAAAAUAACCAAAGGAGUUCAAAAUGUUCGAAUUUGA